AUGGCUGCAUUCUUCCCUGCUGAGGACGAGCUCGUCAAGAGGCAAUUUGGCUGCCCCUCGGGCACAUAUUACAGAAAUGGCCGCUGCUACACGCGCAAUCGCAGCAGCUGGUACUACUGGGGUCGCUGGGUUCUCGCCGGCGUUCUCGUCGUAGUCUUCCUCCUCAUCCUCUGCGCCCUUGGCUGCUUCAGCUCCCGCAAGCGCAGAAGAAAGGGCAACACCCCCAUGUACGGCACUGGCUGGAUGACCAACAACCGCUGGGGCGCCAACCAGCACCAGAACAACCAGCACGCCUACAACCAGCAAGGCUACAACCAACAGCAGUACGGUCAGCAGCAGUACGGCUACGGUCAGCAGGGCUACAACGCGCCGCCGGCGUACGGCCAGCAGCCCCAGCACACGGGCACGACCUUUAACCAGAACGACGGCUACUACGGCAAUCACGACAACAUUCAGCUGCAGCAGCCCCAGCAGACGUACAACCGUGGCGUCGAUGAUUUUGCGCCGCCCUCUGGGCCACCUCCCAAGGCGUGA